AUGCCUCGCCGAAGCAGUGGCCGUAGUUCUGGAGGUAGGUCAUGGUCAGCUCCUCGCCCAGCUGCUAGCACUCCUAGGCCUGCUCCAGUUCAAGCCCCAGCUCCUCCCCCAGCUCCACUAAGGAGCGCACCUGUGGGUGGAGGACUUGGUUCAGUCGUUGCUGAAGGUAUGGCUUUUGGUGGUGGAAGUGCAAUUGCCCAUCGGGCAGUAGACUCUAUUUUAGGGCCUCGGACCAUAAGACACGAGUCAGUGGCUUUCUCUGAUCCUGCUCCUGCUCCUUCUCCUGCUGCUGAGGCCACUACAAUGAAUACCACUGGAGGCUCUGAUGCAUGUGGUGUUCAAUCUAAGGCCUUCCAAGAUUGCCUAAACUAUCACGCAAGCGAUAUCAGCAAGUGUCAAUUCUAUUUGGAUGUGCUCUCUGAAUGCCGCAAAGGCUCUGUAGACUCUAUUUUAGGGCCUCGGACCAUAAGACACGAGUCAGUGGCUUUCUCUGAUCCUGCUCCUGCUCCUUCUUCUGCUGCUGAGGCCACUACAAUGAAUACCACUGGAGGCUCUGAUGCAUGUGGUGUUCAAUCUAAGGCCUUCCAAGAUUGCCUAAACUAUCACGCAAGCGAUAUCAGCAAGUGUCAAUUCUAUUUGGAUGUGCUCUCUGAAUGCCGCAAAGGCUCUGGUGCUGGCUUGAGCGUUUGA